AUGCGGACACCAUCACAGGCCGUUAUUGGAUCUGCUAAAUGGACCUUCCUGGAAAUACUGGACAGAUACGGACACCAUCACAGGCCGUUAUUGGAUCUGCUAAAUGGACCUUCCUGGAAAUACUGGACAGAGGACACCAUCACAGGCCGUUAUUUGAUCUGCUCAAUGGACCUUCCUGGAAAUACUGGACAGAUACGGACACCAUCACAAUCCGUUAUUGGAUCUGCUAAAUGGACCUUCUUGGAAAUACUGGACAGAUACGGACACCAUCACAAUACUGGACAGAUACGGACACCAUCACAAUCCAUUAUUGGAUCUGCUAAAUGGACCUUCCUGGAAAUACUGGACAGAUACGGACACCAUCACAAUCUGUUAUUGGACCUGCUAAAUGGACCUUCCUGGUAA